AAUUUCUCACACUUUUCACAGCCACAAGCACAAGAACGGAGCUCCAAAUUCAAAUGAGGUUCGACAAUGGCGCUAAUUGCCAUUAGAACCAAAAUCUCUAGGAUUCUGAGCGCUCUCCCGGCCAAUACCUCGCUUUCCAGACCUCCGUUUUGCUCCAAUGGUGGCGCCAAUGGAUUUGCAUCCUCUGCUGUGGCUUCCUUGGAGUCCAGGUCCAUGGGGCUCGAGAUUUUGGGCGUGAAGGAUUACGAGGACUAUCGGAGGUCUCUCUAUGGUGAAAUCACUCACAAGGAUAUGUGAGCGAUGGGAGACCCUUUUGGCAAUAUAUCGUCAGUUCUUCAACUGGCUGUUCAGAUUCUCAGUACUUUGAAGAACUCUAUAACUACUAUACGACUAACAAGGCUUGGCACCUUUGUGAUCCUGAAGCUGAGAGAGUCUUUAAAGCUCUCAAAAAAGCAGGUGUAAAGAUAGCCAUUGUUUCAAAUUUCGACACUCGAUUAAGACCUCUCUUGCGGGCCUUGAACUGUGAUCACUGGUUCGACGCUGUGGCAGUGUCAGCCGAGGUCGAAGCUGAAAAGCCUAAUCCAACAAUCUUCCUAAAAGCCUGUGAGUUGCUGGGUGUGAGACCUGAGGAUGCCUUACACGUAGGGGACGAUCGUAGGAACGAUAUAUGGGGCGCGAGAGACGCGGGUUGUGAUGCAUGGCUGUGGGGAAGUGAUGUACACUCCUUCAAAGAGGUUGCAGCGAGGAUAGGAGUGAAAGUGUGAAAAGGGAAUUCGAGUACGGUAAAAGAUUUUAAAUUUGAAUUUCCAUGGAAGCUGGAUGGAUGUACAGGGAUUUAGCAGUGAGAGCAGCGCAGCUGAAUGUGUAUAUAUUGUAUUUAUGUGCUUCUGUUUGUAGUUUGUUUAUGGACUGUUUUUGCUACCGAGCACACAAAAUAAAUACAACUCUUCUUCUACUUUCCUGUUUU